AUGACGGCCUCAUUACUUAGCUUGAGGAUACCUGGCAUCAGUGAUGGCAUGCUUGUCGGGACCCUGAAGGACCGGAACGUCCGUUUUCUCCAUUACCAGACAGAGAAAGAACCUCAUGUUAGAUGGAAGCGUGCAUCAGGGUUUCCGCUGCAGUCAUCGACUACAAUAUCGCGUUCGACUUCCGGAUGGACGUUUCGCAAAUGGCAAGCACAUUUUCAGGAAUUUUACACCUGGAACAGCAAUAUAAGGAUCGUAGUGUUCAAUGCUAUUGACGCGUGCAAGAUUCUUUGCCAUGCGUUGGCUGUUGGAGAGGUGUCUCCGAGUUCCGUACCGAACAUCUACGGAGUUGCCGCUUGUGGUAUGGCUGUUAGAAGAUCAAUCCACCCAGCUCGCGGCCGCUGGAUUCGACGUUUUUUCUAUUGUGGCAGUGAUGCCGUGGCAGAUGACCUUACUGAUACCCGAAACGUCGCUACACGCGUCGAUUAUGAAAAUAUAUUUAUGGUUCAGUGUCCUCUUAUAAUUUAUCGCAACUUCCAGAGUAAAGUGACGCCAAGCUUUUUCUUAAAGAUUGCGGUAGCUUCUAAGUCGUCGCCCAUGCAGUCAUCCACCGUCCGCGUGCAUGAACUGGGGCCACCUAAUAAUAAUGUUUUGACUGACGUUUGGAUUUUUGGGGGGCGCAACGUCAAAGAGCCAUGCCUUGGUGCACGGCGGCAUUCCAAGAUCAACUGGCUCCGGUAUGACCAUACCUGUAUCAGAAAGGUUGGUCUUGGCACCAUCGGCAUAUCAAUACACCAAACUUUUGGAAGACCUAACGAGCAGACUGCGGAUGCUGCUGCGGGGAUUGAUUCAUUGACUUCGAAGGUUUCUGAAUUCCUCUCUCAACAUGCACAAAUCGAAUGGUGA